CCAACAACAUCUGUGUAUCACUGUCGCGAGAGAGCAAAACAGAGAGGGGAUGGGUGUUGUUAGCCAGGAAGAUAGCAACACUGAGAGCACACAAGGCUUCUCCCCUGUUCUCUCUCACUCUGACACACACACACAGACGCACACACACAUUUGCUGCGAUGUGCUAGCAAACAAACGCACACUCGGCCGCAGUAACCUGCAACAUCGCCAUCGCCGCCGGCGCAUCCCGCUCGCGCUCCCUGACAUUUUUCCCCCUCGGAGCACUUCUUUUUGCCGGCUGUGUCCGCAGCGCCUCAUCCUGCCGUCCUGUCCUCCCUCUGCUGUCUGUCACCGUGGCGACGUAGCCCCUGCAGCCAUGGCGACCAGCCAGCAGGAUUCAGGCUUCUUUGACAUCAGCCUCAGGUCUCUGCUCAAGUCCUUCGGAGGGACCUCUCCGGUGGGAUUUAAACCGCCCGUCCCGCCUGUCACUGGCAGCUCGGGAGAGAGAAAAGGUCCCGUUAUCAUGGCGCCCGUCAACGUAGACCCUGAGAGCAAGCCGGGCGAGUUCGUCCUAAAGAGCUUGUUCGCCAACUUCACUCUUCUCUCCGAGCGCAAGAUCCGCAUCAUCAUGGCGGAACCUCUGGAGAAGCCGCUCAACAAGUCUCUGCAGAGAGGAGAGGACCCACAGUUUGACCAGCUGAUCAGCACCAUGAGCUCCCUGGCAGAGUACUGCCUGCCCUCUAUCCUCAGGACUCUGUUCGACUGGUACAAGAGGCAGAACGGCUUGGAGGACGAGUCGCACGAGUAUCGACCCAGGGCCAACACCAAAUCGAAAAACGAUGAGCAGCAGAAGGACUACUUACUGGAGCGGAGGGAUUUGGCCAUAGACUUCAUCUUCUCUCUUGUGCUCAUAGAAGUUUUGAAGCAGAUCCCCCUGCAUCCUCUCCUGGAUGGACUCAUCCAGGAAGUUAUUAACUUGGCCUUCAAGCACUUCAAAUAUAAGGAAGGGUACCUGGGACCAAACACUGGCAACAUGCACAUUGUGGCUGACCUCUACGCUGAAGUAGUGGGAGUAGUGGCUCAGUCCAGGUUCCCAGCUGUGAGGAAGAAGUUCAUCUCCGAGCUGAAGGAGCUGAGACAGAAGGAGCAGAGUCCCUACGUCCUCCAGUCCACCAUCAGCCUCAUCAUGGGCCUCAAGUUCUUCCGCAUCAAAAUGUACCCUGUGGAGGACUUUGAGGCCUCCUUUCAGUUUAUGCAGGAGUGUGCACAGUAUUUCCUGGAGGUGAAGGACAAAGACAUCAAACACUCUCUGGCUGGACUCUUUGUGGAAAUUCUCGUUCCUGUCGCUGCUACUGUGAAGAACGAGGUGAACGUGCCGUGCCUGCGCAACUUUGUGGAGAGUUUGUACGACACCACGUUGGACCUGUCCUCCAGGAAGAAGCACUCCCUGGCCUUGUAUCCUCUGGUGACAUGCCUGCUGUGUGUGAGCCAGAAGCAGCUCUUUCUCAGCCGCUGGCACAUUUUCCUCAACAACUGCCUGUCCAACCUCAAGAAUAAAGACCCCAAGAUGGCCCGUGUGGCUCUGGAGUCUCUCUAUCGCCUCCUGUGGGUUUACAUGAUCCGAAUCAAGUGUGAAAGCAAUACUGCAACACAAAGUCGCCUGACGUCCAUCACCUCCACUCUCUUCCCGAAAGGGAGUCGAAGCGUUGUCCCCAGAGACAUGCCGCUUAAUAUCUUUGUCAAGAUCAUCCAGUUUAUCGCACAGGAGAGGCUGGACUUUGCCAUGAAGGAGAUCCUAUUUGACCUGCUGAGUGUUGGCAAACCUGCCAAAGCCUUCAGCCUCAACCCAGAGCGUAUGAACAUAGGCCUGCGAGCCUUCCUGGUGAUAGCCGACGCUUUGCAGCAGAAAGACGGAGAACCUCCAAUGCCCAACACAGGAGCCACCCUACCCUCUGGGAACUCUCUGAAAAAGAAGAAAACCUACCUCAGCAAGACCCUUACAGAGGAGGAGGCUAAGCUUAUAGGCAUGUCCUUGUACUACUCGCAGGUGAGGAAGGCCCUGGACAACAUCCUCAGACACCUGGACAAGGAGGUGGGCCGCUGCAUGAUGCUCACCAGCGUCCAGAUGCUCAACAAAGAACCAGAGGACAUGAUCACGGGUGAAAGGAAGCCGAAAAUCGACCUGUUCCGUACGUGUGUAGCUGCUAUUCCUCGCAUCCUCCCUGAUGGGAUGUCCAAACCUGAGCUCAUCGACCUCCUCUCACGGCUCACGGUGCACAUGGACGACGAGCUCCGUCUCAUUUCCCAGAACUCGCUUCAGAGCUUGUUACUGGAUUUCUCCGACUGGAGGGAAGACGUCCUCUUCGGUUACACGCAUUUCCUUUUACGCGAGGUCCAAGACACCCAGCAGGGUCUUCAAGAUGCGUCCGUCAAGCUCCUGCUGCAGCUGCUCACUCAGUGGAGGUUAGCGCUGCAGCUGCAGGGGAAGAUCGAGGCGGUGUCGAGGUUUGUCAACAAGACUGCUCUUUUUUUUCGCUAUGAAAUUUGGCAUUUUUCAACAACUUUGGUUCAUUCUCUCAUUCAGGCGAGUCCCAGAAUGUCUGAGAGAAGCCCGCACUGUUCCGUGCUCCAUGCUGUGGAGGGUUUGGCCUUGCUGCUCCUCUGCUCCUGUCAGAUCAGCACCAGGAAGCUGGCGGUCGGUGUACUCAGAGAGAUUCGCUGCCUCUUCACGGCACUCGGACAUGCCGAGGAUGAUGACAAACCCAUGAUAGAGGUCAUGGACCAGCUGAGUCCAGCAGUGAUGGACAGCUUUGUUCACGUGGCUGUAUCUGACUCGUCCACUUUACCCAUGAACCACCACGUGGACCUCCAGUGGCUGGUGGAGUGGACGGCUCGCCUGGUGAGCAGCUCCUAUGACGUGAAGAGCCCCAGCCAUGUGUGGAUCUUCGCUCAGUGCUUGAAGGACCCGUGGGUGCUAUGCCUUCACAUCUUCCUGCGGCAGGAACACCUGCCCAAACACUGCCCUGUCGCCCUGGGAUACGCCUGGCCCUACGCCUUCACGCGGGUGCAGCUGCUCCUGCCGCUCGUCGACCCCAACAGCCCAGUGAAUGCCAAGAAGACGAGCACUGCAAGCUCCAGUGACAAUUACAUGUCUCUGUGGAGGAACUACCUGAUCUUGUGUCUCGGGGUGGCAAAACCCAGCAUCAUGUCACCAGGACACCUCCGAGCUUCCACACCCGAGAUCAUGGCCACCACGCCAGACGGCAGCAUCACAUAUGACAACAAGGUGAUAGGCACACCAUCAGUCGCCUGGCUUUUAAAGCAACUGGUCCCACUCAUGAGAGCAGAGAGUCUAGAGAUCACAGAGUCUCUGGUGUUGGGCUUUGGGUGUACCAACGCUCUGGUCUUCAGAGAGCUCAUGGAAGAACUCCACCCGCUCAUGAAGGAGGCGCUGGAACGUCGACCCGAGAACAAGAAGCGGAGGGAAAGGAGGGAUCUUCUGAGGCUGCAGCUGCUGAGGAUUUUUGAACUGUUGGCCAAUGCAGGAGUUAUCAGUGACAGCACCAAUGGAGCACUAGAGCGUGACUCAUUAGCGUUGGGGGCCUUGUUCCUCGAGUACGUGGACCUGACUCGGAUGCUCCUCGAGGCUGAAAACGAGAAGGAGAUGGAAGUCCUGAAAGACAUCAGAGCCCACUUUAGCGGCAUGGUGGCCAACCUCAUCCAGUGUGUACCUGUGCACCACAGGCGCUUCCUUUUCCCCCAGCAGUCUCUUCGGCACCACCUCUUCAUCCUCUUCAGCCAGUGGGCUGGACCGUUCAGUGUCAUGUUCACGCCCCUCGACCGCUACAGCGACCGCAACCACCAGAUCACCCGAUAUCAGUACUGUGCUCUCAAGGCCAUGUCUGCCGUCCUAUGUUGCGGUCCUGUGUUCGACAAUGUGGGCCUCUCCACUGACGGAUAUCUCUACAAGUGGCUGGACAACAUCUUGGCCUGCCACGACAAACGGGUACACCGUCUGGGAUGUGAGGUGGUGAUCCUGCUCUUGGAGUUGAACCCCGACCAGAGCAAUCUGUUCAACUGGGCCGUGGACCGCUGCUUCACCGGAUCCUACCAGCUGGCGUCCGGAUGCUUCAAGGCCAUCGCCACCGUUUGUGGUAACAGGAAUUACCCAUGUGACCUUGUUACCUUGCUCAAUUUGGUGUUGUUCAAGGCCUCAGAUACCAGCCGGGAAAUCUAUGAGAUCUCCAUGCAGCUGAUGCAGGUGCUGGAGUCCAAACUGUGUGCAUACUCAAAACGGAUGGUUGAGCAAAAGCCUGGUAACAUUUUGUACGGGACACACGGGCCUUUGCCGCCUCUCUACAGCGCCAACCUGUCCCAGCUCUCCAUCCAGCUGGCCAGCAUGUACCCAGAGCUCACGCUGCCUCUCUUCUCUGAGGUGAGCCAGCGAUUCCCGACCACCCACUCCAACGGCCGACAAAUCAUGCUCUCCUACCUGCUGCCAUGGCUCAGCAACAUUGAGCUGGUGGACACAGGACUCCUGCCCCCUGCCUCCAGCCCCUGCACCCCGGAGGAGGAGCCUCGGGGUCAUGCCCAGAAUCUAGGAGGGGUGACUCCUAGCCUGAGAGGCAACGGCUGGGGCUCCCUGCAGGCCACCUCGCUAGUGCUCAACAACCUGAUGUUCAUGACAGCCAAGUAUGGAGAUGAGGUGUCAGGGCCGGAGAUUGAGAGCGCCUGGAACGCUCUGGUAUCCAAUGAGCGGUGGAGCAACAACCUGAGGAUCACCCUGCAAUUCCUCAUCAGCUUGUGUGGCGUUAGCAGUGACACCACGCUGCUGCCUUAUAUCAAGAAGGUGGUGAUAUACCUGUGUCGCAACAACACCAUCCAGACGAUGGAGGAGCUUCUUUUUGAGCUGCAGCAGACCGACCCGGUCAACCCAGUGGUGCUGCACUGCGACAACCCUCCCUUCUACCGCUUUGCCGCCAGCAACAAAGCGCCCACCUCACAGACAGGAACCACCUCCAGCAGCAACACGGUGGUGGUCGGACAGGAGAACCUGGCAGACACGGAUGAGAACAAACUGGUCAGAGAGAGCGAUGAGCGUAGGGCCAGGGCGCACAACAGGCUGGAGUCUCGCUACAGCAACAGCUCAGGAGGCUCCUAUGAGGAUGAAAAGAAUGACCCUCUCCCACCAUACGCUGCCUGGCUUGUGAGUGUUUUGGAGACAAACCGCCCUCAGCCACUGCCCAUGCCCAUCAACGGAGGCUGCUGGGCGCCUCUGGUGGACUACCUACCAGAGACCAUCACGCCCAGGGGACCCCUGCACAGGUGUAACAUUGCUGUCAUCUUUAUGACUGAAAUGGUGGUGGAUCACAGCGUGAGAGAAGAUUGGGCUUUACACCUUCCACUUCUGCUGCACGCCCUCUUCUUGGGACUGGACCACUACAGACCAGAGGUUUAUGAGCACAGCAAGCGCCUCCUCCUGCACCUCCUCAUUGCUCUCUCCUGCAACAACAACUUCCAGGUGAUCGCCUCCGUGUUGAUGUUGACCAGAGAGAUCAGCGACAACAAGACUCUCACCAUCAAGUCCAGUUACCAUAGCGACCAUCAGCACUCAAACGUACCGGACUUCCUGCAAGAUUGGCAGGCAUCUCCGAUGGCUGACUCCGGACUUAGCUCCACCUCCAACUCGUCCUCCGCCAGUCUGGGCGGGGGCAGCACGGCGGGCAGCGUGGGAAACCUGCCUCUUGUGACGCCCGACGACCUGGAGGACCUCGAGGACACGCCCAACGAGACGGACGAGAAGACUAACAAACUCAUCGAGUUUCUGUCCACCAGAGCGUUUGGACCUCUGUGGGCGCACGAGGACAUCACACCCAAGAAUCCCAACUCCAAGAGUACGGAGCAGCUCUCUAACUUCCUGCGCCACGUCAUCUUUGUUUUCAAGGAGUCCAAGUCAGACUUCCACCUGGAGCAGCAGCUGAGUGACGUGGCCUUGCAGACAGCGCUGUGCAGCUCCUCACGUCACUACGCCGGACGAUCCUUCCAAAUCUUCCGAGCGCUCAAGCAGCCGAUCAACAACCACGCCGUGUCUGACCUGGUCUCGCGCCUGGUUGAGGUGGUGGGCGAACACGGGGACGAGGUGCAGGGCUACGUGAUGGAAGUGCUGCUCACACUUGAGUCUGUGGUGGUCAAUUUAGCAGAAUGUCUAAAAAACAGCGACCUCAUGGCAGCCCUAACCAGAACCUCAUCUCCUGACUUUGUGAUGAGUGACAAGCUGAUGAACAGGAAGAGCACCGGCCAGUUGAACUUCCCCGGCCCGGGGUUUGUUGGCCUGUCGUCACAGCGACACCAGCGCUCCUACUCGGUCCCCAAGAAGUUUGGCGAGUGCGGCUACCAGUCGAGCGACCCUCCUCGCAGUGCUACUCUCGAUCGCAUACAAGCUUGUAACAGUCACGGCCUCGCCCGGGUGGGGAGGAGCCCCGGGUCAUGCACAUCCUCGACCAAUCGCAUUGAUCCCAGCGUUCUUUCUGACCCCGCCCACGUUUCUCACCCUUCAUCGAUACUGGCUACCGUUUUCUGGGUGGCGGUAUCACUCAUGGAGUCCGACUUUGAGUUUGAGUAUCAGAUGUCGCUUCGCCUCGUUCACAAGCUCCUGUCUAAGGUGCCUUUGGACCGAGCAGAGAAUCGCGAGCGUCUGGAGAAGCUCCAAGCUCAGCUCAGGUGGAGCGGCUUCUCCGGCAUCCAGCAACUUUUGCUGAAGGGCUUCACGUCCCAGUCGACAUCCGACCUCACGUUGCAGCUCUUCUGCCAGCUCACGCCGGUGUCUCGCGUGCCUGUGGUGGACAGCUCUCAGUCUCUAGGUUUCCCUCUGAAUGUGCUGUGUCUACUGCCCCACCUGGUGCAGCACUUUGGACACCCUACACAGUUCUGCAAGGAGAGCGCAGAGCGGAUCGCACAGGUGUGUUUGGUAGAGAAGAACACCAAGCUGUCCCACUUGGCCCAUGUGAUGACCCUCUAUAAAACACGCUCUUACACUCGGGACCCCUUCUCAUGGGUCAGCGUGGUUUGCCGGUACCUUCAUGAGGCUUUCUCUGACAUCACACUCAACAUGGUCACCUACAUGGCGGAGCUGCUGGAAAAAGGGCUUCCUAGCAUGCAGCAGUCUCUCCUCCAGAUUAUCUACUGCUUGCUCAGCCACAUGGACCUGAGCACCGUGCAGGUAAAGCAGUUCAAUGCAGAUGUCACAAAGACCAUCGAGAAGUUUGUCCAGACGGUGCACUGGAAGGAUGCCUUGAACAUCUUGAAGCUGGUGGUGUCACGUUCGGCCAGCCUGGUGCAUCCGGCAUACGGCCACGCCCAGGGUGAUCUUUCCAACCUGGAGGUCAGCAGAGUGUGGGACGGCUCAGCCAAGGCUCUACCUGGAAAAACCCUGGACUUCACCUUUGACAUCUCAGAGACCCCAGUGAUUGGGCGGCGGUUCGACGGUCUCCAGGGUUCUGGCAUUCGAGAGGGGAAAGCCCGAGCAAUGGCCGUGACGCGCAGCACCUCAUCCACCUCAUCUGGAUCCAACUCUAACACCAUCUUGGUUCCUGUCAGCUGGAGGCGCCCGCAGUCAUCCCAGAAGCGGACCAGAGAGAAGCUGGUGAACGUUCUGUCCCUGUGCGGACAAGAAGUUGGACUUACCAAGAAUCCGUCUGUCAUCUUCUCAUCCUGUGGCGACCUGGACAUGAUGGAGGUGCGUGAGAGUGGCGUGUCAUCGGAGGAGGGCGGAACCAGAGAGGACACUCUGGACGACACCGCUAGUGAGCAACAGUUCCGGGUUUUCCGAGACUUUGACUUCCUGGAUGUGGAGCUGGAGGAUGGAGAGGGCGAGACCAUGGACAGCUUUAACUGGGGUGUGCGGCGAAGAUCCCUGGACAGCACCGAGCUGGGCGACCUGCUGGAGGAAAGCCAGCACUCGGGCAGCACACCGAGUCUGGGACACGAAGAUCCACACGACUCAGAGGAGUCCUCUGAGGAAGAGGAGUCUUCCACCAGUCAGAGCCUGUCGCACUCACAGUUGACAAAUCCGUCUCCAUCAGAUGAGACCAACCACACUGACUCUCUGUCUACAUCUUACGACACGUCUGCUGACCCUCAGUCUUUUAGUGCCACCACUCCAGGUCAAGGGGAGCUGCACGACCACCUCAGCGGCCUCCAUGCGAGGGCAUGUGGAGAUGACGAGGACACGCAGGCUCAGGAUGAUGAGCUGUCACUGAGCGCCAAUGAGCUCCCUCCUGGCUCAGACUGCGGCGAGAGCUUCACUCUGGAGUUGCCGGGGCAGCCUCAGGGUCGGAUGCCCCGUCUGGAGCACAGGCUGGACCGCAACUACUGCCAACCUCCUUUGGACUUCCUAGACCCAAACAGUCUGCCCAGUUUACGUGAUGACGUCGAUGAUCUGGAGGACCUUGGCUUCCCGCCGCCGCCGUCCCCAUUUUUUUCCGCCAUCUUGGCAGCGUUCCAGCCGGCGGUGUGUGACGACGCUGAGGAGGCGUGGCGGUGUCAUAUCAACCAGCUUGUGACGGACUCUGAUGGCUCCUGUGCCGUCUACACGUUCCAAGUCUUCUCGUCCCUCUUCAGGAACAUCCAGGGUAAAUUCUGCACCCUGACAACUGAUGUGGCCUCCUACCUUGGGGAAGGCCUCAGGGGCAUCGGCUCAAAGUUCCUCAGGUCCUCACAGAUGCUCACCACGUGCUCAGACUGCCCUACCAUCUACAUUGAUGCAGACACUAUCAUGUCUUACGGCCUCCUGGAGAAGAUGAAGUUUAGUGCACUGGAGCUGCAAGAAUAUCUGGACACCUACAACACCCGAGAGGAGGCGGCUGUCACGUGGCUGCGGAACUGUAAGGACACAUUUCCCAGGUGCCCCGGCGACAGCGUGGUCACCUGCCAGCCAGGAGACUCAGAGGAGAAGCAAAUGGAGUCUCUUGCACAACUGGAGCUCUGUCAGAGGCUCUACAAGCUACACUUCCAGCUGCUCCUCCUCUUCCAGUCCUACUGCUCGCUCAUUGGCCAGGUUCACGCCAUCAGCUCUGUACCAGAGCUACUCAACAUGUCUCGGGAGCUGACCGAGUUGAGGAGCAGCCUGCAGGCAGCAGAGGCGGCAGUGGCCAGCGACCUGGAACACAAACACCUGGCCCACACUCAUGCCCACGCCGCCCAGCUCGCUGCCAUGGUCGUUCCCAGCUUCCCGUCCUCAGAAGCGGCGGUGAAGGCCGUACUGGAGUGCCUCAGGAACCACGAGUUCACCAAAGCUGUCCGCUACAUUCAAGAGUGCAGGCAGCGGUGGCCCCACGGCGUGUUUGGCGGUGGCUCUGAGAAUGAAGUACAGACGCUGCUCAACGUCUACUUCCGCCACCAAACGCUAGGCCAGACUGGCACCAUUGCUCUGGUGGGGUCCCGCCAGGACCUCAGUCUGAUAUGCUCCAAGCUGCUGGAGCUCAAUGGGGAGAUCCGCGACAUGAUCCGCCGCGCUCAGGGCUACCGUGUCGUCACCACCUACCUCCCCGACUCCAGCGCCUCCGGGACGAGCCUCUGACAACAGCACCUCAGGAGCCCUCCGACCUCCCCGCCAUUGCUGACUCCACCCCUGCCUCUGGAGACAGGUCGCUCCAAGGAGGCUUCUCACACUUGGCUGUGACCUCCUCCAUCUUGUCUCCUGCCCUGCCUUAUUCCCGCCUCCUGCCGAAUCCUUUUCUAAACCUUCCUCUUCCUUCAUUAUCUUUUGCGUCUGAUUUCCUCGCCCCGGCUGAGCUGUUCUCAUCAUCAAGGUGCCAUUUUGAUGCCAUCACCAUGCAUCAUCCCUGCAGAGGACGUUUACCACGCAGCUCGCCAUUGACGCGUUCACACGGUGACAAAAGUGACGCGCUGCCAACUGUAGCGUCAGAACCAAAUCUGCUCACUUUCUCCCAAAGUCCGCCCUCUACCCAUCAGGGCUCACACCUCCCAUACGCCCCCCACUCACCCCCGCACCACGGUGGCGUCAUCACCCAUGGCCCCGCCCCAUCCUCACGCCUUCCGCCCCCGCCCCCUCCCUAUCCCACCGGCUCAAGAGACGGCUCAACGUGGGGCUGCUGCUGCUCCCUAAGGGGUGCCACCACACCCCUGUCUCGCUACCUGGGCAAGGUGGGGCACGCCGCACUCCCACUCCUGACAGCAGGGGGGCUCCUGAAUGCUGAACCCUCGGACGUCCAGACCUGAGAAGAUUUGAAAUCAACUACUGCUGAUCCGAUUGCACUAAUGGACCUAAAAGAGAAAAUGUUACUUUACUGUGAGAGACAAAUGCUGGAUUUAACUUAUUACGUCUGCCAUGACAGGACGUCCUUUGUGCAAUGUGUGACUCACCGGAACGCUCGACCUGACUGAAAGACAAAAAGCGAGCACACGAGUUGUCUUUGUGUUGCCAGAGAUCAUGGGUAGUCGCUAGAACUCUCUCGUCUCUCUUGUAGCACCUUCCAGUGUCCCCACACUGUCACGCCACCUGCUGCCGCUAGCGCGGCACGUUUGUCUGUUUGUUGACACACAACCACUGUAGCAAAUUGUGUGUAUGUGAAGGGAAAUGCUGACAUUCAGCACUCAAAAAAACAAAAACUACUGAUCGCCUCCCACCCUCACCUUUAUCACGACAGUCAUGUGACCUGCAUGCAUCCUCAGUGUCCUGUAGGGAGUGUUGCAAAUAUUUAUUAUGAAAUCGUUUUAUCUGAAAGAUAUUGUUUGGAUGAUGUGCUGAAGUAGCUUCAAGCUCAUGCGGGUAUGUUUUGUUUCUGUUUUGUGUGUGGGAAGAAUGUGUGUGUGUGUGUGUGUGUGUGUGUGUGUGUGUGUGUGUGUGUGUGUGUGUGCAUGCCAAACAAGAAAUUGCACAUUUUUAAAAAAGCUUUUUAGAUGAAAAGUUUCCACCUUGUAAAUACUUUUACAGCCUUUGUGACAUUGUUUUGAGUUCUGUCCAAGUUGGUGUCAAAGUAAAACUUUAGUCCAAACUUUA